GUAGAUCUACACUCUGCUAGUGGUUUGUUUCCUCUCGGUCUGCUCAAUCGGCUGUACUCGAAAAACCAGACAGGAAACUCCGGGACCAUAAGAUUAUCUGUCUGUCACUCUCCACAUUUCAUUUAAUCGUGACAUCGGAACAAUAAGCUGAGAGGAAACAUCAAGGAUAACUUAUACUUUAAUUGAAUUAGCCUACUGUCGUCUGUUUGCUGAGCUGGUACACUCUACGCUACAACCGUUACAAGAGUGGGUCAUUUCGGCGCAGGUGUUAUCUAGUCGUUACUAUCAGUCACGAGAUAACAAUGGAUUAGUGUGAUGUCUACUAACUCUGUGAACCUUUAAUGUUAUGUUUGACGACGGCAUGAAUGCGAGAACUAAAACUUUUCAUUAACGGUUUCACUUUAGAUGCCCAUCAUCAUAGGAAACGAGACAAACAACCUCGUCGCUCCUGGGCUACUUAGCUUAAUCUUCUAGUGCAAAGAGUUCACGUUUCAUCGGUCGCAUGAGAGAAUCAAUCAGGUAGUGGCGGGGGAAAUGUUAUUUCUAGCAGAAUGCAUGUUGGCGUCGUUAGUAUCGACAAGCAGAGCAAAGAUGCCUCGAGGCCUAACAAAGUGGUAUCUGCUUUCCAACGUUUUAUGUCAUUUAUCGGUUUUGGAUUUUUCACGCUUGUAUCGGUGCUGAUUGCCAGUGGGGAGCUCACCGUGACCUCAUUUUUUCUUCAGAUUUGUCUGUAUGUGUCAUUCGUUGUGCUUUGUCUUGCCUUUGGAUGCUUUGGGUGCGUCUCACAUGAGAGUCCCAUAAAGUUCAUACACUUUGACACUUCAACACGCACACCGUACUUGCUGGACUUCUUUAACAAAAUACUGAAUGGGUCCUCUGUACCACAGUCUGAAUCAUCAUCACAGAUACGACGAGUAGUGGUGUCACACAAUGUGGACAAGGUGCUCAAAGAAGUGUUUGACUACAGCUACAGGGACUACGUGCAGUCGUGGUAUAGUCGUCUGAGUCAUGAUGAGGAGCAGCUGUACCAGAUGCUGUCAGAGGACUUCUGGGAGGUGAUCAGGCAGCUAAGAGGACGCCUGGCAGAGAUAGACGUGGUGGACCUGAUGUGCAAUGACACGGUCAAGACCCUCCACACCCACCUCUGUGACCUCAAAGCAGCCGGCACCAGUCUGGAGGACUUCCCCAGACCCUUUGCCCUGCACCCGUGUCUACGCAGUCGGCAGGAGGAGCUGCGCUUCCUGCGCUGUUGUGCCCGCCUGCUGCUGCUCAGCCUGCUGCCCGCGCGCCACGCCCGCUCCCCCACGCUGCGCCUGGUGCUCUCCGAGGUCAUCGCGGUCAAAGUGCUAUGGCCUCUAGUGGAGGUGUUCAGCGACCCCGACUACAUCAACCGGAUGCUGCUGGCCCAGCUGGAGCAGCGGGAGCAGCUGAUGGAGCACCACCGGAAGGCCUACACCUACGCGCCCUCCUACGAGGAGUUCAUCAAGCUCAUCAGCAGCAGCUCCGACGUCGACUUCCUGCAGCAGCUCAGGUACCAAAUCGUGGUGGAGAUCAUCCAGGCCACCACACUGAACAGUCUUCCCCAGAUGAAGAAGCACAAAGACAACAAAGGCAAGGACAAGGCCAUGAAGACGGACCUGCUGCGGGCGCGGAACAUGAAGCGCUACAUCAACCAGCUGACCGUGGCCAAGAGGCAGUGUGAGAAGCGCAUCUGGCUCCUGGGGGGGCCCAACUACGAGCAGCAGGAGGACGGGGCCACUGACGGGGCCGAGGUGCCCCAGACCCCCAGGAUCCUGCAAUUUGAGGAGAUCAUGUCCAGCUCAACACGGCGUGAAUACUUCCGGGUCUACAUGGCACGGGUGGACAAGGCAGCCUUCAUUAACUUCUGGGAGCUGGUGGAGACCCUGAAGACUGCCAAUAAGAGCGAGGUUCCGUACCUGGUGGGGGAGAUCUACCAGAACUUCUUUGUGGAGAGCCGUGAGAUCCCGGUGGAGCGUGCGCUGCUGCGGGAGAUCCAGCAGACGCUGGUGGGGGACAAGGGCACCGAGGUGUUUGUGCGGCUGCAGGCGGAGGUGUACGAGGACAUGCGGGAGCGCUACUACCCCUCCUUCCUGGUGAGCGACCUCUACGAGCGCCUCGUCCAUCGCCAGGGGCAGCGCGACCGCGGCGCCACACCUGUGCCACCGCCCGACGACAAGGACCUGUGCCCGUCCCUGUCGGGCAGCAACUCGUCGCUGGACGAGUGCACCGUGGGCAUCAACGAGCAGGCGAGCCACGCUGCCACGCGCCUUCGCCAGAUCACCGACCGGCUGGAGUACAAGCGCCAGGCCCUGGGCUCCAUCCAGAACUCCCCCAAGCCCGACAAAAAGAUUGUGUGCAAGCUGAUGGAUGAGAUCAGCACCAUGGAGAAGGAUCAUUCUGACCUCCAGGUCCACAUCUCACGCACUGACUGGUGGUGCACCAACCUGGGCAUGUGGAGAGCCUCGGUCACGGGUGGAGAGGCUGUGGAGGAGAACGGUGAGCAAACGGCGUGUUUCUACAUCUGUGUGAGUUUGCCAGAUGGAGAAGACUCCACACACAGCCGCUGGGCUGUUUCACGCAAGCUCAACGAGUUUCAGAUACUACACAGGAAACUCACAGAGUGUUUCCCUGUGCUGAAGAAGGUGCAGCUCCCCUCCGUCAGUAAGCUUCCGUUUAAGUCCAUAGACCAGAAGUUUCUGGAGAAAUCUAAAAACCAGCUCAACAACUUCCUGCAGAAAAUGCUGUCGGAUGAGUGCCUGUGCCAGAGCGAGGCCCUGUAUGCGUUCCUGAGCCCGUCUCCUGAGCACCUGAAGGUGAUGGACACGCACAAGAAGUCCACCUUCACCCUCGCCUCCUUACUAGAGAGACUACCCGGAGACUUCUUCUCGCACCAGGAGGAUGAUGGUGAUAGCGACAGUGACCUGUCCGACUAUGGUGAGGAGGUGGAGGGCAGGAAGGAUCUGCUGGCCGAGCCCUCCUUCAUGCUGAUAGGAGAGAUCUUUGAGCUCAGGGGCAUGUUUAAAUGGGUGAGGAAGACUCUGAUCUCGCUGGUCCAGGUCACAUUCGGACGCACCAUAAACAAGCAGAUUCGUGACACGGUGAGCUGGAUCUUUGGGGAGCCGAUGAUCGCUUACUACAUUAGUAUAUUUCGAGACACCUUUUGGCCUGAUGGAACACGCGUCGUCCUCGGUAACGUGAGGUCAGAGCUGGAGAGGCUGGAGACCAGAGAGCGAGCCCAGAAGAAACUUCUAGAAAGUGUUCCAGAUGCCCUGCAGAACCUGGUGGGGCAACAGAAUGCCCGCUUUGGUGUCAUCCGUGUCUUCAAUGCCCUACAGGAGGUCAAUGCUAACCGACAUCUAAUUUAUAUCCUUAUGGAAAUGCUGUUAAGAGAGCUCUGCCCUGAGCUGUCUGUUGAAAUGGACCAGAUUGGACCCGAUUCGUUCUUCACCGAGAAAACGUUUACAAAACACUCCUAGUUUGUCACCAACUUAUCACAAAGCUUCUUUUAAUCUCUCUCACUGCACUCAAUCACAGACCGCCCCAAACCCCACCCCAAAUACACAUAAAAGAAAGAAAUGGGAUAAUAGUGGCAGCUCACCUCUCACCCUUCUGAUCACACUAAUGCACUUCAAACUACACAUGCAUAAAUAACCACAUCAAACGCCUAUACUAAAUGAGAACAAAAAAACCCAAAGUGUUGCUAAAUGUUGGCGGCCAUGCCAAGCUACAUGGACUGAGGGCAUGCAGUUAAGUGUCCUGCACAGGUGUUCACUUUAUUUUGCUUUGUUUAGCUGACUGGCUGUGAGCCAGAUGCAGCUCUGUUCUGCCUCUCUCCUCUCGUCCUCAGCCCAUUCCCCAGCGGGUGAAGCCCUGUUCUGGAGCGUUAUACGGUUGGGAUCACUGUUGACUGUUGGCUAACAUGAAUCGAUUUUGAGCUUUAAAUGCUGGGUAUGUGCCCUUUCUUCCAGUCCUCACAGGAAGGAGGUCCUACUGUCUUUUUUGUCACGUUUUACAUUAUUGUACCUUUUUUUAAUGUUUCUGCUUUUGUGUGCACACACAUAACCUGUACCAUUUGUCAGUUUAUUGUUUCAUUUUAAAAUAAUUUCAGGACGUUGCAUGACAUCUCCUCAGAGGAUAUAAGGUAUUCAUUCUGUACAGUUGUUUGGAAAAAAAGAAAAAAAUAAUUGUUACAUUUUGGACACAAAGAAGUGACUUAAAGGAUUCUUUUAUGUUAUUCUUUUGUAUGUCUUAUGACGCAUCAUUGUGAAAUUGUACACUGUGAAAAAGUAUGGUGUUGUAGUAAUGUAGAGGCAGAUAUUUAUUUUAUACAAAAAAACUUGAAAUAAAUUCCAAAUGAAAUAUUA